AUGCAGUUCUCCACCACCUUCCUUGCCCUCUGCUCGGCCUUCGUAGCAUCCAGCGCCGCACAAGGCACGCUAUCGUUCACGAUCUCGACGUGCGCCGCCUGCAGCACCGCAUCUGGAUGUCUGAUUGAGGGCUCUACCAACCUCCCCGCCAACAGGUGCAUCAGCAUCUACGACGGCAAUAAGAGUCUCAUCAUUACCGAAGCUGCGAACCCUAACUGCAAGAUCAAUCUUCACACUUCUUUCGACUGCACCGAUGAAGCCCCAGAGGUGUUCAGCGAAGUUGGUGUUUGCGAGGCGUAUGGCCCUAAGAACUCGUACAAGAUCACCUGCUAG